AUGACAGAUCCAAGUUUUUUAGUAUGCCCAGACUUUAUGACCAAAUGGUAUAGAGUCAGCUGCACCAGCAUGGUCAAUGCCAAUGUCACAGAAGCUCAAGCAGCAGAGACUCUCCGCAACAUCUGGAUAAUGACCAAUGAAGAUUUGUGUCUACAAUGGCAUCAACAAGUCAUAGAAGACAAACAUUUGAAUGCUGAGAGGCGCUGCUUAGCCAAAGAAGAAGCAGAGUGGCAGAAGGCUGUACUUGAACUUGAGGAAGCCACAAUGAGAGCAGAUGAGAGAAAGAAAAACUGUUUCAAGCAUUUGCCAAUUCCAGUGCAACCACAUCCACUUGUCAAUGAUGAAGAAGCUUUAGUUUCCAAGUUCGCCUUGCGAAAGUUGGACAAGGGUCAUUAUGUUGAACUAUACUAUUGGACCAAUCACAGUCUUGAUGAUGUGAUGAUCAAUCAUUGCACCCGAGACAAUGACAGUAUGGUA